CUUAUCAGAUCAAUCGGACUUUUAUCCUUCGAUCUGUGUGUGAAAGAAAUAAAUAAUAUGGCACCAUCUAUGGCAACAUCGUUUUCUUCCAGCAAAAAUGUCAGCCGACGAUGAAGAAGCCAACCUAAUUACUGAACAGAGACAAACACCUUCAAAGUCGGAACAAUGCAAGACCGUACUGAUUUGGAUUUGGCGAGUGAUUAUUUUUGCCAUUACGGGUUCUUCCAGUGUGGCCGUUACCAGAUCAAUUAUGCAACACAUUCUCGGAAUGACCUCGCCAGAUAAUUGGGUAUAUUAUGCAUUGUUCUUUGUAUUGGAACUGAUAGUUUACACGGUCAUGAUUGUUGUCAUUGGAUCUUGUCUCGGCCAAUGGCGGUUUUUCUGUCUCGUUGCUUGUAGGAUGUGGGGUUGGCUGCUGCCUGCGCAAAUUCGAGAAACGCUUCUUAUUCGACUUCAAUCAGAUUAAAGACAGCUUUGAAAGGCAUAUCUCACGUCGCUUUUGGUUAAUUUCGGCAAUCUCCUCCUUUCCCUAAAACCCACCACUAUUUGUAGAUCCUAUAUUCCUUCUUUCCUCUUUUUCGUUACCCGCGACAAAAUGUUUAUACCGUAUCAUUCUUUCUUUCAUCUAUUUGUUGGGCUUCAGCAGUAGUCGAAGGAUUAAAAAAAAAGACGCGUACUGAGCACGUUGCUUAAAGAUUCUUAGUGAUUGGUAUACGCGCGCGCUGUUCUACGCGUAUGCGUGCAAUAACUAAAGUACGUGGUCAGAUAUCAUACGUGCGCCUUUGAAGUUCAUUUUUAAUUUGGAAGAACAAUCGGUGGUAUAGUAUACCACUUUCUCGCUUAGUAUAUG